UCGACACCGCGCUUGAUGGUAUCAUGUGGCGCAGCCUGGUGUGACGCACGUGACUACACAAGCCACCUUCCAUCACGGAAACGAGCAAGCCCUGUUUUGGGGAGGUUUGGUCUGUUCUGGAUUGACUUUCCCGCCUCGUCGUUGUCAACCCUCCCCCUUCUUCUGGUGUUUGAUUGCCCUCCGAGGUCCCUCGGUCAAUCGCGCCAUCAUGUCGGCCGUCACCCCGAUCGACCCCACCAAUAUCAUGUGGAUCACAACCCACAGCUCGGUCCGCAUGAACCCGCAGUGCGCCACAGCCUCGAUGUCUGGGCUGCAGGUUGUCACCCAGUCGGGAGACUGGGUCUAUGCGACCAACCGCUGCAUGUGUCUGCCCUCGACUUCGGGCGAAACUUGCUUCUAUUUUUCGCUGUCGACGACCCUAAACACAGUCGAUUACAUCACCUGCGGCACCGACAACACAUGCAAGAGCAACUGUCAAGCCAGCGAAUUCUCCAUCGCAUCCGUCAACCCUUGCGCCAGCAACGGCUUCACGGGAACUUACAGCAAGAAUGACUUUACGACAUCCGACACCUGGGAGUCGGGCUUCAACACGCCGUAUUUUUACUACUGGUCCUACAGCUACAAUGACCCAACUUGCAAGAACCCUGCCUCUGGCACGAGAAUCCCGAUGUAUCCGACCUGCACCCAGGUGCUGAAUGGGGUGUAUUCGAUAACUAUCAACAACACCUUGGGCGGGACCAUCGAUGCAUACGAAUGCACCGACUCGACCUGCAGCACCUGCCAAUUAGCUUGGGCCCAUACCCUCUUUGGAAACGUUUGUCAGUAUGACUCGGGAUCAAGCGGGACCAAUUAUUCGACUUAUGAAGGGGGUGGAAUGCCCAGCACACCCUCUCUGACCUUUAGAACUGCCUUGCCGAGCAAGGGUGCUCCUACCCCAGCCGUCACCGGCGCAAGCUCCACGCCUUCUCCAUCCGAUGUACAGCCAGCCCAGAGCGGAAGCAAUAUGCCGUUGAUUGUUGGAAUGGUUGGCGGGUUUAUCGUUCUGCUCCUAGCGGUCGGCGGUGGUCUCGUCUUUUGGUAUCGAGUCAAGAUGGCCACCAUCAAGAAUCAAGCCCCUCCCGCUCCUCCUCCGCCUGAUGUGACUCCUGUAGGACCGCCAACCCAUUACCAAAUCUCAACCGCCAGUAGCGCGGUUCCCGUGGCAGCCCUGACGGUGCCAACCAUGCCAGUGUUUCCAGCAGCGGCUCAGGGAGGCAGCAGGGACAGUACUUUGACGGCGGUGCCUCCGCCAUACUCAACCCUGUCAUAUAACACUGAGACUGCAUCCAGCGAUAGUCAUUGGUACGGUGACGAUCGGAGCAGGGCAGAGAGAGAUGUAUUCGAGAACAGCAGCGGUACAACUGUGGUGCAAAAUAAACAAGGCACCCCCCAUUUCAGUGAAAUCAUUGGGUCGUGAACGCUCGGUGCGGGGCGGACAAGCCACCUGCUCUGCGCAGUGUCCAGCGGAGGAGGCACCUGCAUGAGAGGACAGCAUCUUUUCGUCGGAUCCAGGUCGUUCGCCGCCUUUGUCGUCCUGUUGUUGCACACACUCGGAGAUCCACUCGGAGAUC